GGAGAAGCGGCUGGGGGCGGAGAUCGCCCCUCCGGAGCUGUUUGUUCCUCUUGCUCUGCGUGUGCAGGGGGAGGAGGGUCCUGGCCGGCCGCCUUCCCCGGCUCUCGCCGAGCUCAAUGUGAGGGGAUCGGGGCGCUGAUGAGCCUGGGCAGGGCCGGCGGCGGCGGCGGCGGCGGCGCUGCUGCUGCUGCUGCUGGCGGAGGAGCCGGAGGCUAGCGGGGCUGCGGUCUGCCCGGCGGGCCCGGGGGGAUGCCGCGCAGCGUGGGAGCUGAUCGGAGAGGGAAAGCAGCCGCCGCCGCCCGGAGAGGCCGAGGAGGAGCGGAGCGGAGCAGCCCUGACAUGCCUUUCCCUCUGCCUCCUCUCCAGCGGCCAUGUUAGCCCGGAAAGCCUCGGCGAGCGCGGCUGCGGGAGCUGCCUACCCGGCGGGCAGGGGAGGGGACAGUGGGCGCCCGCUGCAGUCUUCCCCGGGCCUCGGAGCCGGGGGAUCCCGGACCGGCCCGCCAUCACCCAUCGCCUUGCCGCCGCUUCGGUCCAGCAACACCGCCCACACGGUUGGAGGCAAUAAGCCCACCAUGAAUGAGCACCUGCGCGUUGGUAGCCACGGACAGAUUCAGGUUCAACAGCUGUAUGAAGAUAAUAGCAACAAGAGGACAGUUCUAACAACACAACCAAAUGGGUUCGCAGCAGUAAGCAAAUCUGGAUUGUCAGUGGUGCCGGACAGACAGAUAGACAGUGCUCAUAGACGACAGGGGAGCUCCAGUUCUUUAAAAUCGACAGAUGGGACAGGGAAGGUGAAAGCCUCCUUUAUGACACCAGAGCAAGCAAUGAAGCAAUACAUGCAAAAACUAACAACCUUUGAGCAUCAUGAAAUUUUCAGUUACCCUGAAAUAUACUUUUUGGGUCCAAAUGCAAAGAAGCGGCCAUGUGUGAUUCAAGGUCCAAACAAUUGUGGUUAUGAUGAUGACCAGGGGUCUUACGUGCAAGUACCCCAUGAUCAUAUUGCAUACAGGUAUGAGGUUCUGAAAGUAAUAGGGAAAGGAAGUUUUGGGCAAGUUGUGAAGGCUUAUGAUCACAAGACCCAUCAACAUGUGGCGUUAAAAAUGGUGAGAAAUGAAAAACGUUUCCACCGCCAAGCUGCAGAAGAAAUUAGAAUUCUGGAGCAUCUAAGGAAACAGGAUAAGGAUAACAACAUGAAUGUUAUUCACAUGCUGGAAAACUUUUCAUUCCGCAGCCAUAUCUGCAUGACAUUUGAGUUGCUGAGCAUGAACCUUUAUGAGCUAAUAAAGAAAAACAAAUUUCAGGGCUUCAGCCUGCCAUUAGUCCGCAAGUUUGCCCACUCAAUUUUACAGUGCUUAGAUGCGUUGCACAAGAAUAGAAUCAUUCACUGUGACCUUAAACCAGAGAACAUUCUGUUGAAGCAACAGGGUAGAAGUGGUAUUAAAGUUAUUGAUUUUGGCUCUAGUUGUUAUGAGCAUCAACGUGUCUAUACUUACAUUCAGUCACGUUUCUACCGUGCUCCGGAAGUGAUCCUGGGUGCUCGUUAUGGGAUGCCUAUCGAUAUGUGGAGCUUGGGCUGCAUUCUAGCAGAGCUUUUAACAGGUUACCCGCUCUUACCUGGAGAAGAUGAAGGGGACCAACUGGCUUGUAUGAUAGAGCUACUGGGCAUGCCGUCCCAAAAACUACUGGCUUCAUCCAAACGAGCCAAAAAUUUUGUGAGCUCUAAAGGUUAUCCCCGUUACUGUACCAUUACCCCAUUGUCUGAUGGUUCUAUAAUACUCAAUGGUGGCCAGUCCCGAAGGGGAAAAUUGCGUGGCCCACCGGAGAGCCGAGAGUGGGGGAAUGCAUUAAAAGGAUGUGAGGAUCCCCUCUUCCUUGACUUCUUAAAACAGUGUUUAGAAUGGGAUCCUGCUAUACGCAUGACACCCAGCCAGGCUUUACGGCAUCCCUGGCUUAGGAGACGUUUGCCAAAGCCUCCAACUGGAGAGAAGGCAUCGGCAAAACGAAUAACAGAAAGCACUGGUGCUAUAACGUCAGUUUCCAAGUUACCUCCAACAUCAAGCUCGGCUUCAAAACUUAGGACUAAUUUGGCACAGAUGACAGAUGCCAAUGGGAAUAUUCAGCAGAGAACAGUGUUGCCAAAACUCGUUAGCUGAGUUUGAAUAACCCAAUGCUGGUCAUACGAGAAAUGCUACAUUGCUGAGCCUUAUUCAUAUGAAAAAGUAGCUCAGAUUUUUAUUUGCUCAAUAACUUUAUUCAUUUGUAUCUUUUUGGCACUCAUUUUAAAUGUAAGAAAUUUUGAUUUUGUUUUUAUAAAAAAUAUGGGGACAAUGCUUUAAGUUUUUAUACUUAUUUUUCAAAGUGUUUGUUUUCUAAAGUACAAUUAGCCUUACUGUAAUUAGUGUGGUACAGUAAUAAACAUCAGUGGCAGGCCACUGGUUACAACAUGACAGUCAUGUAUUACAGCUUAGUGUCAAAGGUGUUAACCAUUUUUUUUCCACAUGGUUCAUGUUACUUUUCCCGUGGACAGAGGUGAAAGUGGGCCGGUACCGGCAGCAGUGCUUUAAGGACUCUCCUUAAAGUCAGUUCCCCAUUUUCCCUGCCUCCUUCCCCCCCCCGCCCCCGGGGCCGCCAGUGGGGGAUGGGGGGAAGGGGCAGUUGCCCUGGGGCCCGGCAAUUUAAAAGGGCCCGGGGCUCCUGGCUGCUGCUGCUACUGCAGCAGCGGCUGGAGCCCCAGGCCCUUUCAAUUGCCACUGGAGCCCCGGGUGGUGCGGGCCAGGCAGCGUGGAAAGGCUGGCUGCAGGAGGCUGACCCACCCCCCCCGGGCCCCGCCCCUUCCCGGGGCCCAUACCGGUAAGUCUUUUAUCUUACUUUCACCCCUGCCCUUGGGUAAAUUUGCAAUACUCUUCCUUCUCUGAAUUCAUUUAUAUAUAUAGGUCGUGAUCCUACAAACACUUACACAAGUGCUUAAUUUGAUGCCGGUGAGUCUAGUCACAUGAGUACAGUCAAGCACCUGUGGAAUUGGGGCCAUAGCAUGUUUUCAUUUUCCAUAUAGUAGCUUGGAAGAAAUGACAUUUUGUAACAAUGAUAUAGCUACAUCCUAUAGAUUUUUUUGAAAAGAAAAAACAACAUUAAUGAUUAAAAUAAAUGUUCAAAUGUAAGCCAAAAAAAGAGAAGAAGCUGUGUCCAGCACUAAAAUUACCCUAGUGGCAUUCAUAUUAUGUAAAAAAGAGAGAGAUGAACAGACAGUGGGAGAAUAAAUAAAGGUGGGAAUAUGUGUUAAUGUGACAGAUGAGUUACUUUCUAUAGAUGAAGUUAUAUAAAGCAAAAUGUUUUGCACAUCACUUUAGGUGUACAACCUAUAUUCAUGUUUGGUUUCUUUUUUUUCUCCUGUUUUCUUCUCUCUCUACUUAAGUACAGCUAGGCCUCACUACAUCAUACAUUCGGAGCUGUUUGCUCUGUCAUUUUCAUACUGUAUCUUCCAGACUGUUAAUACAACACAAAUUUUAACUUUUUACUUUAGAUCAAAUCAGUGUACAAGGGCAAAUGUUGUUUUGCUCCUUCAAGAUAACUAUUCAUUUUUAGAAAACAAGACAGUAGACAAGAAAGCCACUAACCUAAAGAUUGUUAAUUCUGAGCAUCUGCAAGUGUUGUUUCCUCAAUGGAAUGAUUGGAAGACAUAAAGUUAAUCAGUGAAAUAAACUGAUGCACUACAUCUCUAGGGAAAAAAACAUUAAGGAAAAGAUAAGUGGUUUGAAUUAAUCUUUAGCAUGGUAGCUGAAGAAAACUUUGAAGGAAAGAUAGAGAUUUAAGUAGAUUUGUGUUUGUACGUUUUUUUUUUUAAACUGCACUCAGAGAAGGAAGAUGGUCUUUUUCAAGGAGUUAUCUCUAGAGUUAGGAUAAAAAUGUAAUAUGUUUUCACUAGUAACAGUUUGUUAAAAUCAGUAUUAUAUCACAAGCAAUGACCGUGAUCUACCUUGGAUGUAUGAAGUACAUGAAAAGGAAAUUUUGAAGAAAGUAGAACAUAAUCUAGAAGGAUUUGCGGAUGUCAGAACAAGAGAAGUUUGGAUGGGUUGCAUAAAACUUCAAUAACUUUAUUAUAAACAAUAUUUAUAUGCACAGAUUGCAUUAAAUAUUUGUAAAGUUAUUAAAAAUACUUAAAGCAUGGUCCCCAGAGAGGCCAAGAAAGUUUCCAGUUAAGUUCUCAUUCAUAUUCAUUCAGAUUUUUCAUUUAAAAAGAAAGCAACGUAAGUUUUAUUUAACUUAAGACUCUGGGGGUGGGGUAUGGAAAAGAAAUGACACUACUCUCAGGAAACAUAUAAUACAACUAUUUGCCAAAAAGUCAGUACACAAAGAAAUCCUGAAAAUUAAUUUCUGAUAAAGGAUGGUGGUUAUUGAUGAUUGAUAACGUAAAACAUUCAAACACUACUAAACUAAUUUUUCUUACUAUAUUUUUAAAAUGAUAGUUUCCUGCCUCUAGUCAAAUUUUAAAUUAUUUAGAAAGUGUUAAAUGUAAACAGUUUUAUACAAUAUGUGGAAGUGCAAUAUAUAAACAUGUAUGGAAUCAUAUUCAAAAAUGAAAUAUAAUACAAAUAGGUAACACUGGCUUCUGGAAUCUAAAUAUCUGGUGACUGACAAUUGGUAAUUUCUAGGUCUGGAAAAACAUUUAUUUACAUGUAAAAUAAACCAGUUAAGCUCCUACCCUCCAGCUGUUUAGGAAAUUAGCAAGGGAUAAAACAGGAAUUCCAUUCUGUUAGAAAAAAUGACCGCCCCCCCCGUAUAUUUUCUAAAUUAAACAUUGGAACCUGUACCUGCCUUUAAUGUAAAUUUAAGGUGAAAAUAUACAUAAUGUUUAUGGGUCAUUAGUAGACUAAAACCACUACAUUUUCUUUUUCAUGUAACCGGUUUUUUAAAUGCCAAUAAUGCAUUUGUGAUGGACUUUAUUCAUAAAUGCUACUGGAAACUUUUAAGCCAAAAUAUAGUGUGAGGAGCUAUUUUUAACCCAAAUACAGUAAACUUCCUCUACAUUUAAAAGAGCAGCUAUAUUAUGGAUUUUAGUGAUAUAGCUUUUGUUGUAGCUUAUUUAUAAAUGUAAAAAGAAGGGGGGGAAGAAACUGAUAUUGCCUCUUGCUUUGAUGUGAUUUAAUGAUAAGGGCUCUGAUAAUUAGGCUGAUAGAAGUGGCUUGGAAACAGUGCUUAGUCUCACAUGUUACCAUUGUCUAGAGAUGUCUGAGCUAUUUUCAGAUUUAGUAAAUAGCACAGUGUUGUCUUGUCUUUGGUUGCAGUCUCAUUUGGCUCAGUUUCUUGCACCACUGGAGUGUUCAUUACCACUUAAGUGUAUUGGAACAACAGAGUGAUGCAAGAUGUGUAGAUUAACAACAAAGGAUAGAUUGUGCUCUUGGUGUUAACAAUGUGCCUUUUGUUAUAAAUGCCAUUUUGUAGGGCAGACAUCUUGGCCUGUUUAACCCUUUGAAUACUAGAUAAUAAGGAUGAAAUCUAUUUUUAAAUGCUAGAUCUAUCUUAAAACAUCCUGUACGUUUUCAGAGCCUUAAUAGAAAACAUAAGGCAAUCACACUAUGUUGGAUAAAACAUUCUGUUAUUGUAGUAACUUCUAUGUUGCUUAAGGGGUUAAAGAUGGCACUUCAUGGUUAGUUGUAUCUUAACAUCAGACUGAUUUUUUUAAUAUGUUUUUGUUAUGGUAACACGAGCAGAAAUCAACUGUAUUUGUAAAAAUUUACCUCAAACUGCUUAAUUUUAUAGUGUGAUUUAAUCCCAGGGCAUUUGGUAUGAACCAAAGUGCAUUCCUUUUAUAUGUGCCUGGCUCUAAUAAAGAUGGCCAGGGAUUUUUACAAUUUGGGUGCAAGGCACUUAAGCCACUUUUAACUUGGUGGGUAGUUUGGAGCGAUAAAGGACUCCAUCAGAAUGUUAAAACACUUUAGACAUAAGUAGCAUUGGGCUAUAUUUGAAUCUUUAGGAAAGUGUGUGUAUUAUUUGAUGCUCUCCAUUUUUAUAACACCUUUUUGUCCCCAUCAAGAAUAUUUCUGGUAAGUAGGAGACUUUUUUCUUUUCUUUUUUUAAUUCUUGCUGUCAGUAAAGAUUUUAAUAUUGCCCAACUUGAUGCUGCGGUAGCAUUUAAAUAAAAAAAAGCAUUUGUGAAUUAUUGUUUGUAGGGGCUUGUACAUCUCUGCUACAAAUUGUAAUUACUUAGCUCAACUGCUACAAUUACGUCUAAGCAGUAGCUUGGGUUUGUAUUGAGCGACGACGUAGACACGUGACUGUAAUAUGCUGCAACUGUGUGUACUGAAAACGUGAAAAAUGAUUGAAUGUGGACUGUGUAUAUAUGUUUGUAUAAUUUUUGUGAGAUGCUGCUGUCGCCACUUAACAUUAAAUAUGUUGUAGUGGAUUUUAAUCCUAGUGGCCAGUUUUAUGAUACUGUAUGUAUUGUACAGCUGAUGACAGGAGUAAGACUGUUUUAGUGCAUAUUUGUUACAGUUUAUUGUUAUGGCCAGAGAUCAUUUCAGAAUAAAACUUUAUGUCCUACUUUU